AUGCCUCACGCAGUAUCUGAGUGGCAAACGGGCGCAAUAGCGUCGCCUAUGUUAACAUGGGGUCAGGUGAGAGGAGGACGAAGGCACGAAUGUUCUCACUGUGGCGUCGUUCUUCUCACUGGAGAACGACCGGGUUUUUGUUGUGGAAUUCAAGGCGCUCGUCUUGGCGAUGUCCCGCGCCUACCUCCCUUGCCCAUCGAAUACAAUGACUUUAUGAAUGACCCCGGUAUCUCCCAAAGCUCACGAAUACUGAAUCUCAUAUUUUCUUUUGCGGCGCUUGAGUCUACGCACGCUUUCCCUAGAGAAUCAAACGGUCCUCCCGGCUUCAUGGCUAUCCAAGGUCGAUUGUAUCAUCGU